CAGGACGGAUUGCGGCAACUGUUGUCCACAUCAGCUAGAAAUCAUGGGCCGCGACCAGGAGGACUCCAUGAUAAGCGAUCUUUUGGCGAAGAAUCCGUGCCGAAGCGGAGAAUUGGAUCUCAACUGGCCCGUUGAAAGAAUCAUUAAGUACGUUGCCGGCAGCUCGCAACUGGCCGGACUGGAGGAACUCUGCAAGUCCGACUUGGAGGCGAGUAAACUACGCGAAUUCGGCAACCAUUUCUAUCGGCUACGGAAUCUGGUGGAAGCCACGUUCUGCUACAACCAGGCCAUUUGCCGCGCACCACCCGAUUCGGAACAGCUGGGCAUGGGAUAUGCCAAUCGAUCGGCGAUUUGUUUCGAGCUGGGCGAGUACGAGAUGGCCCUAUUCAACAUCCAGUUGGCUAGGAAGCACAACUAUCCGGACAAGUUGAUGGCGAAGCUGCUGGAACGCGAACGCAACUGUAGACAGCGCAUUGCAGAUGGUCACUCCAAGGGCACGGUUCCGAAUACGCGGAUGGGAUUUAACGUGGACAUUAAUCCGCGCAUCCCCUUCUUGGCCAAAGGGAUUGCGAUGGGCUAUGAUCCGAAGUUUGGUAGGGGACUGGUCGCCGAGAAGGACUUCAACGCAGGGGACUUGAUUUUGGACGAGACGAGUGAACUUUUUGUCCACGAAUUCAGUUUGUGCUUCCAGCGCUGCAACCAAUGCAGUGCUAGUUUAUACCAAAUUUUGAUUCCAUGCCGGACGUGCGUCCUGCUCAUGUACUGCAGCGAGAAGUGUCGCGAGCUUCAUUGGAAGUUGUUCCAUCGAUUUGAGUGUGGAGUGGUGACCAAGCUGUGCUGUGUUUCUGGCACUGGGGAUAUAAUCACGCCAAGAUUCUUUUUCUAUGGAUUGACACAGUUUGGGGACGACCUUCAGGCAAUGAUGGAGUACUGCGAGAAAGAAGUCAGCACUCAGUCCAAUCCUUUGGAGUUGGAUUUCGCAAAUCUGGACCGAAUGGAAUGGUUCAAAGUGUUGCAUAAUACCCAUCCUCGGGUUCUGGAUUCAUCACCUGGUGGCAAAAGGGCGGUCGCAUCCUAUUUCGUGGUCUUCCUGAUGAACCCCGUGGUCAAGUCGAUCAUACGCACCGAAGCUCACCGACAGUUCUUCCUUCGGUCUCUGUUGAGUACAGUAGUAUGA